AAUACUACACGGGCUAUCUGCUCCCGUUCUUGCAAACCUCCCUCCCCAUCCAAACUCUCACCACCCUUUUCUCUGCGCUGCUAUCGCCUGACAGCUAUUACACCUGUGGAGAGAGAGAGCAAGAGAGCAGGGUCUCUCAUGGACCGCGAAAUCAUGGAGGCCAAUGGAGGCCCUUACUAUGACUUCGCCACGAGGUUUCAGCAGAUGCAGAUACAGCGCGACGCCCACGAUAAACUGAUCAAGGACCUCCUGAUUUAUUCUGAACGUACCGAGACGGCCCUCCGAGCAGAAAACGAACUGCUGCGAGAACAGAUUAGAGAUGCCAACCUCGACCUGGCCGAUGCCACAAAAUCUAGGCGGGUUUUUCAGCAGCAGGUGGAUGAGCUGCAGCGUUCAAUCGAUUACAUGUCCACGGCAAAUGAUCAUUUGAAGAAUUACAAUCCUUACGUUGUCGUCUUGAUUGAUGGCGAUGGUUGUCAUUUUCAAAAGCAAUACAUAGAAAGAGGUAUGGAAGGCGGAAAGCAUGCCGCCUAUACCCUGAGAAAUGCCAUCCUCAGAGAAUGCCAUGACCAGACCGGCCAGUUCGAGGUUAUCACCAGGUUCAUCGCCAAUCUCUCGGGACUGGCAAUGAUCACCAGGGCAAGUGGCACCGUCGAGAGCGAGACCACUUUCAAGGAUUUUACUUUAGGAUUUACUCAGGGUAUGGCAUCCUUUGAUUUUAUUGAUGUUGGUCCAGGAAAAGAGCGGACCGAUACCAAAAUAAAAGAGGCUAUCAGGUGGCAUCUUCGCAACCAUAAUUGUAAACAGAUUGUGCUUGCGAUAUCCCACGACUCAGGAUAUGCUUCCUUCCUGGACGAAAUCAUCCGCGACACGGAAACCCGUCAGCGUGUCACCAUACUCGAAGGAGUCCCGACGCAUAGGGACCUGCGGGCUACGAACCUCAACAUUCUCAACCUCAACAAAGAAUUGUUCCGUGCCGAGAAGCUCGUCGACCGACGCCUGUCAGACCCGACGCUUUCUCCGAUGGCGUCACCGGCAGUCGUCGCCGGAAUGACACCGCUGCCGCCACCGUCUGCCACGACUGUCAGUAGAAAGCACAGCAUCCCGUCGUCGUAUGCCACGGCGAUCAAGAGUGCGACACCGCCGCCCCAAAUUACUCUCCCCUUCCCGCCCAAGCAGACCAAGGCGGCCGUGGUGCGGCGCGAGAAGCCGAAUCCUUGGAACCCCGGGCCGCGCGGCCUGGAUCCUCCUCUUGAGGUGAACCAGAGUGCUCUGGACAAUAUCAAGAAACGAAAAGACAACAACAAACUCUGCAACAACCAUUACCUUCGGGGACCCUGCGCCAAAGGUGACGCGUGCUGUUUCGAACACAAAUACCGACCCACCGAGGCGGAGAAGACUGCCAUUGCGUUUCUGGCGCGGCUCAACCCUUGCACGAACGGUCAGGACUGCGAUGUCGGGGAUUGCAUCUACGGUCAUCAUUGCCCCAGCACCCGUGACGGCCAGUGCAUGCAUCCAUACUGCAAGUUCAAGACGUGGGAGCACCCGCCCGGUACCAAGUUCCGGCCCACUUACCAGUAUUCGGACGACGAGUAGUACCGACCCAGCCAGUCUCGGAGGCACUGAAAUUAGUAUCAAUUUAUGGGUUAUAUCUUUUUCUCAUCCUUUCUGAUGAGGCUAGUUCUGAGUCAGCUGGGGAACCCGAAACAACAGCAGCGACAGCUUUUAAGAUGUGAGGAUGUUUUGUGUCAAAUGUUUAGUUGAAGCACACCAAACUCAGCGAGCGAUGAGCAUUGGUCUGACUAUGAUGGAGAAUGAGUGAUAACCUCUCUUGUUUUAUCUCCCCCGGCUUCCUCUUUGGUACCCUUUUUUGUUUCAUUCUUCGCUCCUCUUCGCAGGACUCGACAGGAAAACGAGGCUGUAAUUUUUUUUAUUGG